AUGCAUGUGAUGUACGAGCUCGAGGAGAAGACGGUGACUGUCAUAGACAGCGAGAUUCACAAGCGGCUGAGAAAGAACGCUCCCGAGACUACGCUCAAGCAGACGGCUAUCAGGGAGCUCCAGGCACUCGGCCACGAGAACAAGUUGGAAUACGAAAAGAUCCAGCAGGCAGCGGCCCAGUUUGGGAUGUUCUUGAAGGAGAACUCACUGUCGCCCAUCAAUGAUGCCACGGUUGCAUGUAUCGACUUCCUGAUUGCUGCCGAGCAGGAGAAGAUUCAGGCUGAAGGGAAUGAUAUCAAGCUGGAGGAUCUCGAAGGCCGAACGAUCCCAAUACCUUGUACGCCUGAACAAAUCGCGACGUUAGAGAGCGACAUGGAGGAAAGCAACAGCUCUUACAAGCCGCUGGACGAGGCCGGCGUCGGCCAAGUUGUCGACCAGCUCUACGCCCUCAAACACUUCGGCAAGAACCUGCGGAAUGUCAAGAACGUGACGGCCCAAGCCCAUCAGGCCACGUACCGAGAGCGACCUCAUCGAAUGCCCCGAAUUCAGAGCAGCAGCAGCAGGAAUCUUCUCCGAAACGUCUUUCCAGAAACACCAUCACACCAGCCCAGCUCUAGUGAGCCAGGGCAAAUCGAGGCACAGGCUUCAAGGGGUAACGUCCUUGUCAGACAUUUAGCACCUUCUCUGGGUUCCAAGGCAGCAUCAGGUAUCGGCGGGUGGUUUGGGGCCAAGUAA